AGCGUUUAGAUCACCACAUUACAAUUAUACAACGUUAGUAGAGGCGGAUGUGACGUAUUUUCGGAUCUCCUGCAAGCAAAGUGCAUGCUUUCGGUGUUAUGAAAGUCCGCGAACAGCAACAGCAAAUGGCAAAGAGAAAAGAGACACAGCAGAAAACGGACACAAAGAAACCGAAGCAGAUUGCAAAGAACAAACCGGCAUCCAAAACACAAAAAAACAAAGAAAAUGGUAUGCUGGACAAAAAGAACCGCAAAAACUCCAGGGUGACGUCUCGUGUGUCCAAAAAGGUCAAAGAUGCCUCUGACGAGAGGACAAGCAAGUAUUUCCGAGACAGUAAAGUUAAAACAGAAGAGCCAGAGGACGUGAGUGACCACAGUGAGGAGAUGAGCUCCAUGUUCACAGAGCACUCAUCACCAUCAAAACAAGUCAAAGAAGAAGAAGAAGAAGAGGAGGAGAGUGAAGAUGAGGAGGAAUGGGAGGAAGUGGAAGAGAUGGCAGAACCGCUGGGUCCCGUGGACUCGGCAGAAUUAGCAGUUGUGUCAAAACCUGUGGAGAUUGAGAUCGAGACUCCAGACAUGGCUCGCAAGAGGCAGAGGAAGGAGAAAAGGAAAGAAGAGUUUGAAACUUAUCUGCGUCGAAUGAUGAAACGAUUUAACAAGGAACUGGUGGUGGAUACCCACAAGGUUCAUUUGCUUUGCUUAUUGGCUGGCGGUUUGUUUCGAAACAGACUCGCCUGUGAGCCUGACCUGUUGGCUGUUGCCUUGUCAAUACUGCCUGCCCACUUUACCACAGUUGCUAUAAAACGCAUAAACACUGGCUUCCUGGAGGGGCUUCUCAAAUGGUUUCAAGUGACGUUCACAUUAAACCCCACCUUACCUGAGGAGAAGGGAGUGGAGUUAAGGACGGUGCUAGAAAAACGAAUUGGCUGUUUAUCAGCAAGGGACCAUGAGGAGAUGACCUAUCUCUUCUUAUUGGUCCUGCGGUCAUUGCGACUCUACUGUCGGUUGGUGCUGUCCUUGCAACCUCUUCCUCUGAAGCCACCACCUGCUACCAAAAGCAAGACCACACCUACCAAGAGCUCUCCAGAGAAAGAUCAAUCAGAGAAACCGUCCCCAAAGCCUAAGAUAUCCCCUGGAUCCAAACGCCCGUCAUCAGCGACUGCUGCAGCAAAAGAGGAAAGAGGAGGAAAGAGAAAGAAAAAGAAAGAGGAAGCAGCAGAGAAAGAGGCAGCAGGGGGCCUGAAACCCAAAAACAGCAGAAGAAGAAGUGUAGCUUCAAAAGUGUCAUACAAAGAAGUCAGCAGCGAGGAGGAGGAGCAGAGUGAUGAGGAGUUUCAGCCACCCAAUGAGGAUGACAGUGAAGACUCCGACGGGCCCAUGAAAGUAUGCAGAAAGGCAAAGUUUAAAGGCAAAGGUGGGGCUUCUCAGAGGUCGAGCGUGGUCAAACAGGAGGAGAGAAGUGAUGAAGAAGAAGAAGAUGAUGAUGAUGAGGAGGAAGAGAAAGUGGUGAAGAAACAAAGACGUAAAAGAAAAGAGGGGAAAGGGGCGGAUGAGUGGUUGGAGGUUUAUUUGGAAAGUACCGGGAGGUGGGUGUGUGUUGAUGUGGAUCAAGGAGUUGGCCAACUGCAGCUCUGCUCCGAUCAGGCGACUCAACCGAUCACUUACGUGGUGGGCGUGGAUGACGAGGGGUACCUGAAAGAUCUUAGCAGCAGGUAUGACCCCACGUGGCUGACGUCAUCACGGCGCCGGCGCGUCGACUCUGAAUGGUGGGAAGAGACUAUGGAGAUCUACAAGUCUCCAGAUACUGAACGAGGACAGAAGGAGGAUCAGGAGAUGCAGGCAAAGUUACUGGACAAGCCAUUGCCGACAUCCAUCGCAGAAUAUAAGAACCAUCCACUGUACGCGCUAAAGAGGCACCUGCUUAAAUACGAGGCCCUCUACCCCCCUACAGCCGCCGUCCUGGGGUACUGCAGAGGAGAACCAGUUUAUUCACGAGACUGUGUGCAGACGCUCCAUUCUAGAGAUACCUGGCUGAAGGAAGCAAGAACAGUUCGACUAGGAGAAGAGCCAUACAAGAUGGUGGUUGGUUUUUCCAACCGUUCUCGUAAGGCCAGGAUGAUGUCCGAGCAGAAAGGUGUCAAAGAUCUGGCUCUUUUUGGAGUCUGGCAAACUGAAGAGUACCAGCCUCCGAUCGCCGUUGAUGGCAAAGUACCACGUAAUGAGUUCGGGAAUGUGUACAUGUUUAAAUCGUGCAUGUUACCAGUAGGAUGUGUUCACCUGCAUUUGCCAAAUCUGCACAGAGUUGCUCGAAAACUGAACAUAGACUGUGCUGCAGCAGUGACUGGUUUUGAUUACCAUUGUGGAUUUGCACAUGCAGUUAACGAUGGCUAUAUUGUCUGUGAAGAACACCAAGAAAUCCUGAAAGCAGCCUGGGAAAAUGAGCAAGAUAUUCAACAGAAGAAAGAACAAGAGAAACGUGAGAAGCGUGCAGUUGCUAACUGGACCCUGCUGGUCAAAGGCCUGUUGAUAAAAGAGAGGCUAAAGCGUCGCUAUGGGCAACAGGGGCUCGCAUCAGGGACGGGGCUUAAGCAAGGGAAAGAAGGCGGGGCUGAAGGACUGUCCUCAGAUGAAGAAGAGGUUGGGGCUCAGUCAGCCCCACCCUCUUUGGCUAGUUCAUGGCCACAGAACAGGCAAGAGGAACAAGAGGAAAAGAUUGUAAGGCGUGUAAGUAAACGAGAAAAACGUGGAGAGCAGAAACACCUCUUCCCUUUUGAAAAAGUGUGACUAAAGCGGCUCUUUAUUACCUUUCUUGUCUUUCUUUUAAAUGUUUUUUUUUUUCUGCAUUUAAAAGCAUAUAUUAUCUCUAACUGUGAGCCACUGUAAUUUACUAUCCUUGACCUUUUUAUAAUCGCAGUAAGGUGCAUACGCAGGGGGAUUUUGAAGAUGUCAAGCAUUUGUUUAUGUUUAGUCAUCUUUUCUGUGUCUACAUUUCUUUUUCUAUCAAAAUACAUAUUUUUAUAGAACAUGCUGUUGAAAAAAAAAAACAUGCAAAUAAACAAAUUGUUUGUUGCA